AUGGCUUCGGUCUGUCCUGUCUGUCUUGGAGAGAUCGGGGAUGCGGAUAUCUAUAACCGUAUAAUCAGGAUACAAUGGAGUACUCAGGCCAACCUACUGAGCCCCGGCUCAUCUGCCAGUAUCAGCGACUUGGACCAGGCUGCGGCAUUAGCAACAGCGUUAGCUCUUGCAUUGGUGGCACCCUUGAAAACUCUGGCAUCUCUUGCACGUGCACAAUUUGUCAGGCAGUGA